GAGGAAGGGCCGGGAGUGGGUGCGGUGGGCAAGAGCGGGUGCGGACCCCGACGACCUCCCCGUCGCGCCCCGGCCUCGGGGAGGACUUCGGGCCUCGCAGAGCCCGAAGACUCGCAGAUUUUCACCGAAAACCCCUCCCUUGCUUCUCCAAGCAGCUCAGCCUGUGUUCUGUAGCCAGAAAAUUGCAGCUCUCCCCACUCAAGGCCACCAAAGUCAGAAAAGUCCUGCAAAGGGGCUCCCAGAGGCCAGGCUGAAGCUGCCACACUGGCUGGAAUGGGCUGCCUUGGAGAGGGACGUGGGAAUUCAUUCCAAGGAGCAGGGAGAUUCUGAGAGCAUCUCGCCAGCUUACAAAGGAGGCAGGUUCUGAAGCCGUCCUCUAGAGCCUGUGGUGAAGCCCUCUUGUUAGGGAAAUUGGAUGGUUUGUGUUCAAAAUCCAUUUCGCGUGUGUGCAAAGACACAGGUGUUAUUAAAUAGAAGGGAAAACUCAAUGACUGAAAUUUGCAAUACUAAAUAAGCUGAUUUUUAGUUUUUCUAGGGGCCCUGUUGUUUGUGACCACAAUGAAAAAAGUAGACAGUGAUGAUCUGGUAACCGGCACACUUCCCAAGCUCAAGAGCUCAAAAGAAUGGUUGGAGCCCAAGCCCCUUUGUUUUAUGGAGGUCUUAGCUAAAGAAGAUACUGAGGCAGCUAUUCAAUCAAUAUUAUACAGAGAAAAUUAUAUAACUAAGGAACUAGAUAAAUAUUUACAACAUCAAGCCUUCUUAAAUGCAAGAAGAAAGGAGAUGUUAUAUAAAAGAUGGGUCGACCACGUGGCACAUCCUCUUCAGAAGAAAAUUAUAGAAAAAGUUUGCUCACAGAAGAAGAUUAAAAAAAGGAGACAAGAGGAAUCAGACAGCUUUAUAAAACAUGUAAAUAAAAAGGGAAAUGCGUUUAUAGAACAUUAUGAUCCAAAGGAGUAUGAUCCCUUUUAUAUGAGCAAGAAGGACCCCAAUUUUCUGAAGGUUACCAUCCCACCAUUUCGUGACCCUUUGAAAAAAGCACAGUAUGACAAGGAUAAUGAAAAAAGAACUCUUCUUCAGUGUGAGACUGGCAAAAUGUAUACAAUAAAAGAAUUCAAAGAAGUUGAGAAGGCUCAGCUACAUUCCAGAUUCCCACAAAUUUCUAAUUCAAGGAACUUUACGACUCCAAAUGAGUGGCUAAAACUGCCUACAGGAUACAUAGAAAGUGAAUUUUGUAAAAGGAGAAGAAACAAAGGGUCAUCCUGUCUAGAAAAAGAACCGUUGUGUUAUCAAAAGGCAAAGAAUCCAAGUGCCAAAGAGGCCACCUCUGAAGGGCAUUUUUCGUCCUUGAGCUUCAGCCAGGAGGGGAAACGGAAGGAAGACCAGGAUGGGUCCCCUUCCUCCGGUUUGGGGCUACUGAGGCUGGAGCUACACGAAAGAAAAGGGAGGUUUUAGCAACCAAGGAGCACACACCCUGAUCCUUGAUUGGUGAAAGGAUACACAAAAUAAGGCUGCUUCAGAGGAAGUUGUCUGCUUGCGGGAGUCAGGGUGAAGGCCAAGGAAGGCACUCAAGAAUUGUCGUGUCUCUAAGAAAAAGCAUCUGCAACAAACUUCCUUUAAUUUUUAAGUUCAGUGUCUGUGAUAAUUAAGAAAUGGCAAUACCAUGUAUUUUCCCCAGAUGUUAAGAAAUAUUGCCGAAUGAACCCAUAAAAUUAAUUAUAGCUACCUUA